AUGGUAGUAAAUGAGUUGUUAGAGCAUUUGAUGCAUGAAAUCCCUUGGGUAGCGUUAAAGCCAACGGCUAAACAAGUGACAGCAAUUGCACUUUUCAUUGUGCUGGUGCCAUCCAUGUGGGUGAGGGCCUCACAGAUCAUAAUGGGCUGUUUUAAAGUGGAACUAAACCACUUGCAAGAAAAUAAAGAGAGCUUAUACGAAGAUGAAGAGUUUGAGCAACGACAACUUGCUGCUUUGCUAGUUUCGAAGCACUUAGGUUAUACUCACUUUGUGUUGGCAAGGUUUUCUUUAUUAUUCUCCUAUCUCUAUCUUGGUGUGAGAGGUUGGCCCUCUGGUUUUAUUGCUGUUCCAAUCAAACCUUUCUCAAUGAAAACUGGCUACCUGUUGCCAUUUCCACCCGUUAUUGUCACCCACAAUAAUCACGAUUUGAGUGGAUCACCAUCACCAUCACCAUCACUACGACUACUUCCACCCAUCAUCGCUAAUAAUGCUCACAAGCAUUUGGUUGAAACCAGUACCAUGCACAUCCUUAAAGAUCAUUUCUGA